GUUGCUUUUUCCAGUUCUUUCCUACUUCCCCAGUUCUUUCAUCCCUUCAGCCCAGUCUGUAUUCAGUAAAAUGCUUCACUCGCGGGGUCACGCUACCACUUCGGCGUGGCACAGAAUAUACAGUUCCCUCAGUGGAAUCUUCUUUCGAAACUCAAUCCGACUCGAGGAUGAUGUGAACAAGGAGCCGAAACGUCUGGCUUCUGUUGUCGGGCCGAUCUGUGCGCAAAUGCUUGCGCAAUUACGUUACCCAGGAGCCCCGCAGCUGAAAGGCGAGGCCGUUGAGGCUUUGCUAGAGUACAUGUACACGAGGGCCGUUGAGAUCGGCGUGCCCCUGGACACCCCAAUAUCCUCCAAGGGAUUUCGACUGGGUUAUGCUGAAGGAUUGCUUGCCCAUCCUGGUCACCCAGUUGAAGUCCAGGGUUAUGUCGGUCUGUUCACCUGGCUCGUCGUUCAGUACGAUGACAUAGUCGGUCAGAGCAACGAGAUGGUAGAGGAGGCGCUCCUUUUCCACCAGCGAUUUUUUCGAGGCGAAGCCCAACCGAAUAACCUUCUCGAGGGUAUCGCAGGGUUGAUCCGAGAGGCCCAUGAUCAUUUUGAUCCCGUCCUGGCAAACAUGUUACAGAUCUCCGUCCUCAAGUUUCUGACAAGCAACUUGUUGGAGCGACACGAUGGGUUCCAAAAUAUGUCCGUCACCAGAGCGGGGAAGAAGUUUCCAGACUUUUAUAGAGAUAUGUCAGGCAUGGACCAAGCAUAUGCCGUGUUCUGUUAUCCCAAAGCGCUCUAUCCCGACGUUGGGGCCUUCUUGGAGGCGAUCCCAGAUAUGGCAAACUUUAUCAACAUUUCCAACGAUGUUUUAUCUUUCUACAAGGAGGAACUCGGUGGCGAUACGAGAAAUUAUAUCCACAACCGUGCCACAUGCAGUGGAAAGCCAGUGCUUACGGUAGUAGAGGAGGUGAACAAGGAGACGAUAGAGUCUGCUCGACGCGUUGAGAAAAUUCUCAAGGGCAGGGGUAUAUACGAGAAGUCUUGGAACGACAGUAUUAGAGGUUACAUGGCGAUGCACACGACAAACCCCAGGUACAAGCUUACCGACCUAGGGAUAGGUGAGGAGCAUCCACUCGCUCCAUUUGAGCAUAAGAUCGGCCAGUUCUUUGAGCGGGUGAACAAGUGAUUUAUUUAAUUUUACGACAUGAAAUGAUGUACACAAGGCAUACAGGGUACACAGGGCGGCUACAUUCAUUAUUCUACUGGCUUUGCCGGAGUUGCAAGAUUCCAAGGAGGACAGCCACAACAAUUACACACACAGACAAUACAGUC